UUCUGUUGAACAUUGAUCGACCAAGUCUUCCUUUCUUGCAAUCUCCGAAUUGCAUUCCCCAAACAAACAGACUCACUCACUCUCUCUCUCUCUCUCUCUCUCUCUCUCUCAUUCCAAUUAACAUCUUCUCCGGUUUCCCCUCCCUUAAAUCAACCUUAAUCGCCACAACACACACACCUUCUCUCUGUUCUGUUCUUUCUUCACUUCCAAUUUCUCUGUUUUCUCCGAUAACGGUGGUCGGUGGUGGAGAAACCCAACAAAUGGUGGUUAAAAUGAUGAGGUGGCGGCCCUGGCCGCCACCGUCUAAAAGGUUCCACGUGAGGCUCACCGUGAGAAAACUCACAGGCUGCGAUCUACUGCGGGACGAUUCACGUUCCAAAUUGACGCUUGAGAUUCGCUGGAAGGGUCCCAAGUCCUCACUCCCCUCCCUGCGGUGGAACUCCGUCGCCAGAAACUUCACCGCCGAGGCUGCCGUCGACACCACCGCCGGCGCAGUUACAUGGGACGAGGAGUUUCAGAGCCUGUGCAAUCUCACCGCAGACAAACACAAUGCCUUUCACCCUUGGGAAAUCGCUUUCACCCUUUUCAAUGGAUUGAAUCAGAAUAUCAAGAGAAAGGUUCCUAUUAUUGGAACGGCUUUAUUGAAUAUUGCUGAAUUUGCAUCUCCCACUGAUCAAAAGGAUUUUGAUUUAAACAUUCCUCUCACACUACCCGGAGGUUCUGUGGAGCCAUCUCCUUCACUUUGUAUAUCAAUUAGCUUGGUGGAGAUAAGCGGUGCUCAAGGAAGCCUGGAGUCAGUUCAUAGAACAAUAGUGCCUGUCUCAUCACCCCCAGCCCAGUCAGGAGAAACUACAAUGGCAGAAAAGGGUGAUGAGCUUUCUGCAAUUAAAGCUGGUCUUAGGAAAGUAAAGAUUUUUACAGAAUAUGUAUCCUCCAGGAAGGCGAAAAAGGCAGGCUCUGAGGAAGAGGGAAGUGAAGGCAAGUGCUCUAGGAGUAGUGAGGAUGGUGAGUGCAACUACCCUGUGGACUCCGAGUCGCUUGAUGAUUGUGAGGAAGGAGAUUCAGAAGAAGGAAAGGAGGAUUCCAGUUUUAGGAAGUCUUUCAGUUAUGGACCGUUGGCUUACGCAAAUGCUGGAGGAGCUUUUUGUUCCAACAUGAGGGUGAAUUGUGAUGACGAAGGCUGGGUUUACUACAGUCAUCGCAUGUCUGAUGCUGGGUGUUUACAGAUGGAGGAUUCAACUUUGUCUUCUUCUGAGCCUAAUGUUCAGAGUUCAAUGCGCAGCAUACUAUCAUGGAGGAAGAGGAAGUUGAGUUUCAGAUCUCCUAAAAAAGCUAAUAAGGGAGAACCAUUGUUAAAGAAGGCCUAUGCAGAAGAAGGUGGUGACGAUAUAGAUUUUGAUCGCCGACAACUUAGCUCUGAUGAAUCACUUUCUUUGAGGCUGUACAAGAAUGAGGAUGAUUCAUGUGCAAACCGGUCAUCAAUCUCUGAAUUCGGGGAUGAUAAUUUCGCUGUUGGGAGCUGGGAGCAGAAGGAAGUCAUGAGCCGUGAUGGUCAUAUGAAGCUUCAGACACAGGUCUUCUUUGCCUCAAUUGACCAACGUAGUGAGCGCGCUGCAGGUGAGAGUGCAUGCACAGCUCUGGUUGCUGUAAUUGCCGAUUGGUUCCAAAACUCUCCGGAUCUUAUGCCCAUAAAGUCCCAGUUUGAUAGCUUAAUUCGAGAAGGCUCCUCAGAAUGGAGGAGCAUGUGUGACAAUGAAACCUACAGAGAGCGGUUCCCUGACAAACAUUUUGAUUUGGAAACAGUCAUCCAAGCGAAAAUUCGUCCACUUUCUGUCGUUCCUAGCAAGUCCUUCAUUGGUUUCUUCCAUCCAGAAGGAAUGGACGAGGAGAAAUUUGACAUUCUGCACGGUGCCAUGUCUUUCGACAACAUUUGGGACGAGAUCAGUGGUUCUGGACACGAGUCCCUCAGCAAUGGUGAACCCCAUGUCUACAUUGUUAGCUGGAAUGACCAUUUUUUCAUCCUCAAAGUGGAAGCUGAUUGUUACUACAUCAUUGACACUUUGGGGGAGAGGCUCUAUGAAGGAUGCAACCAGGCUUAUAUCUUGAAAUUCGAUAGCAGCACGGUAAUACACAAGAUGCAAAAUGCUGCCAAAUCAUCGUUGGAAGAUAAAACAACCAGUAACCAGCAAACGGUUGCAGAAGUAUUAGAGCGCGAUAACAGCAAGGAGGUGGAUUCCAGUUCCGGUGUUGCAGAGCAGCAGGAGGAAGAGGUGGUUCUAUGCAGAGGGAAAGAAGCAUGCAAAGAGUACAUAAAAAGCUUCCUCGCUGCAAUCCCUAUCAGAGAGUUGCAAGCAGAUGUCAAGAAAGGUUUGGUACUCAUGUCAUCGACGCAGGUUCAUCACAGACUACAAAUCGAGUUCCACUACACGCAACUGUUACAGUCUUGUCCUGCAACUCCCGCGGUCGAACUCGAAGCAUCCAUUGCUGCAACUCCAGAGACCCUUGCUCUUGCAAUAACCUAAACUACCUCCACAUAACAUUACUGUAAAUUGAAGAUGAGUAAGUAUCUCAGUAAGUGCAUAUAGGCUAACUUGUCUUGCUAUUGGUUAUUAGUAUUUUUUUAUCUAAUGAUUUUGAAGUGAACUUAACAAAUAGAAGCUCAUUUUAAAGCUUUUGAUGCCGGGGUCAUGUGGCACUUGGCUUUGAUCUUUCUUGGGAAGGGUAUAUCCUGUAAAUGGUUCUGUAAUUUUCCUUUGCAAAGUGAGUGCAGACUUUUGGCAUUUGACAUGUAGUUAUGGGAAAGAUUCUGCUCGUGAAAUGGCGAGUGCAACUUUUUAUAGACUUUUUUUACGUA